CGGGUACUGGUUUAGACGUAGUGGGGUAUACAGAGGCAGAAGCCGGGAGAGACGAGGAAGACAAUUAUGCUUUCUUUACAGCAUGUGAUGACUGAAGCCUGACAGUGCAGGGGCGUCCAGCACGCGUCCAGCCUCGAUGAAGAAUGGAGAGUCCAGUGCACAGAUGCAGGGAUGUGGAGCACGGGCGCGGACACGCCGGGUCCAACUGCCUACAGGCCGAACAGCGCAUUCCUGUCUCCAAAGGCGUCAUUACUUCCUCUUCUGCCUCAGCAAUGUGGUUCAUCUGGGAUACCUGUGGCAUUGUCUGUGCUGUCAUUACGUGGCUGUUGGUGUUUUACGCUGAGUUUGUAGUGCUGUUUGUAAUGCUGCUGCCCUCCAAGAAUCUGAUGUACAGCAUUGUGAACGGGACUUUGUUUAACACUCUGGCUUUUCUCGCCCUUGCCUCACACCUCAGAGCUAUGUGCACUGAUCCUGGGGCGGUACCGAAAGGAAAUGCUACCAAGGAAUACAUUGAAAGUCUUCAACUGAAACCAGGGCAGGUGGUCUACAAAUGCCCUAAGUGCUGUAGCAUCAAACCUGAACGAGCACACCACUGCAGUGUAUGCAAAAGGUGCAUACGGAAGAUGGAUCACCACUGCCCAUGGGUCAACAACUGUGUAGGGGAGAACAACCAAAAAUACUUUGUUCUUUUCACAAUGUACAUUGCACUCAUUUCUCUCCACUGUCUGAUCAUGGUCGUCUUUCAUUUCCUCUACUGCUUUGAAGAUGAUUGGACAAAGUGCAGUUCCUUCUCUCCUCCAGCAACAGUCAUUCUCCUCAUACUCCUCUGCUUUGAGGGCCUCCUCUUCCUCAUCUUCACUUCUGUGAUGUUUGGUACCCAAGUCCACUCCAUCUGUACCGAUGAGACCGGGAUAGAGCAAUUGAAAAAGGAAGAGAGAAGAUGGGCAAAAAAAACUAAGUGGAUGAACAUGAGGGCGGUAUUUGGACACCCUUUCUCCUUAUUGUGGUUUAGCCCGUUCUCCACCCCUGACCAUGGGAAGGCUGAGACCUACCAAUAUGUGGUGUGAGAGGCUCAGCACAGGGAAAGACGGGGUCCCGUCAAAACCAAAGCGGGAAGGCCAGACCUCACUGAGAUCAGCUAUGGCAGCCCGUUUUCCCUCACUGCUCAACGCACAUUAAGCCGCAUAUUGCUCACUAGCCAUGGACAUUUAUUUAUUUAUGUGCUUUUUUUUUUGUCUUGCCAACGAAGUGCGCAAUAUGUUUGUGUUGCCUUCAGCGAGUUGAGUUGCAGAGAAAAAGAAAUGCUGCGAGUCUGAGGUGUGUUUGAAAAUCUGUGAUUAUUCUGUUUUUUUCAUCAUUUUCUUUCUGAUGUACCAGAAUCCCUCUUUGCCCUGUGGUUCCUCUUGCGUUUCUUGAAACGGUUUUGCCAAAAAUACAAAAUAGGAAGAGACAUUUUUUAUAUACCAGUCGUCAUUGUAUCUAUCUAUGAAAAUAGAUUUGGUAGUAUUAGUCAGCUAAUGUACUUGAAACAAAGAAAAAGUGUCAUUAUCAAUAUAUUUAUAUUUGAUCAGAAAUUGGUCAAUUAGGGGUUAAUAAACACAAUGAUCAACUUAUGAGUAACAAGCCAGAAAAGAUAGAAGCAAAUACAUGCUCAGAAUGACCCUCUUAAGUGGUGCCAAAAUACUUGCAGAAUAAUACUAUCUAAUGGUAGAUGUUUGGCUUUAGAUUCAAGUUGUCAUUUCUGGUUUCCUUAUUGGUCAGUACUGGUUUGGUAAAGUAAUUAAGUGCGCUGAACAGUCAAAUGUUAUGUAAUGCAGUGUUACUUAUGCAACGGCAUGGUCCGGUUACUGGUUUCAUGGUAUACCAUGAUGUGAAAAAGUCAUGGUUUCAAAGUUACAAAAAUUUGACCAUUUCUACCAUAUAAUUGAUUGAUUGAUUGAUUGAAUACUUUGUCGAUCUCACGAGGAGAAAUGAACUUUCAGCCCGUACCAAGAACAUACAAACAAAACACAUAGACACAUCAGUUUGGGAAGACCGUGGGCAGCCAUUUAAGGGCGCACCGUUUUCUUCAGAACAAAGAUAAAUCAGGAAAGUGGUUGCGGGAAGAAGGGAAAAAAAGGCCCA